CUGGAAAAAACAAGUUUUUGUUUCGAUUACAAUGAUUCCAAGACAGUAGUAACAAAAAUAUGAUUCAAUAUUUUUCCAAAAUUAUUAAGAUAACAUAAAUUUACUGUAAAUUCGGUUGCAAUGGUAAGUGUGUGAAUCUUAGGCAAUUUUUCAGUUGAAAAAUUUAAAUGUGAAUGUGAGAAAGAACGUCGUUUCUGUAUGAAGUAGCCGCUUGAAAAAUGCGAGAAGUGCUAUCAAUACAUGUUGGACAAGCAGGGAUACAAAUAGGCAGUGCUUGUUGGGAACGUUACACGAUUGAACAUGGAAUUGAUCCGGAUGGCACUUUGAAUCCAGAAUUAGAACCGUGUGGUGACGGUGAAACAUUUCAGACAUUUUUCAAUGCAGCCCCCAACGGAAGAUAUGUACCUAGGUCGUUGAUGGUAGAUUUAGAGCCAUCAGCAAUAGAUGAAGUACGAUAUAACCAGUAUAAAGAAUUAUUCAAUGCAGAGUUUUUGAUUAGCGGAAAUGAAGAUGCAGCUAAUAAUUUUGGGAGAGGAUAUCACACUUUGGGAAGAGAGCUGUCUUAUACGAUUGAAGAAAAAAUAACCAAACUUCUAGACAGUAGUCCAUCUUUGGCUGGUUUCAUGAUAUUUCAUUCAUUUGGAGGCGGUACCGGCUCAGGUCUGACGUCUUUGAUAAUGGAAUAUUUGAGCGACGAGCAUCCUAAAAAGAGCAAAAUUGAAUUCAUUAUCUAUCCUUCGCCUAAACUCAGUACAGCUAUUGUGGAACCUUAUAAUACUGUUUUGGCCACUCACCACACACUGGAAGUAAGCGACUGUGCAUUUCUAAUAGAUAAUGAAGCAACGUAUGAAAUUUGCACCAGGGAUUUAUCAAUAAACAAACCAACUUAUGUACACGUAAAUCGUUUAAGCGCCACUAUAAUUUCGAGCGUCACCGCUUCUUUACGAUUUGGUGGUUCCAUAAACGUUGAUUUGCGUGAAUUUCAAACCAACUUAGUACCAUAUCCUCGAAUACAUUAUCCAGUAAUAUCAUAUUCACCGCUUUUAACCAAGCUCAGUAAAUCUCUGCGAGAAAAUAGCAUUCAGGAUAUUACAUUGGAAUGUUUUCGACCGCAUAAUCAGCUUGUUAAAUGCGACCCACGAUUUGGAAAAUACAUGUCAUGCUGUUUAUUGUACAGAGGUUUAAUAGCGCCUAAAGAAAUAUCAGCAUCUAUAAACAUGAUAAAAGAAAGAGAACUCAUUUCAUUUGUUAAUUGGUGCCCUACCGGAUUUAAAGUAGGUAUUAAUUAUCAAUCAGCUGCUCACGUACCACACAGCGAAAUAGUCGAGUCAAGCGAAUCAUUGUGCAUGCUCGCCAACACCACCGCUAUUUCAGAAGCUUGGGCUAGAAUAGAUUAUCAAUUUGAUUUGAUGUACGCUAAAAGAGCCUACGUUCAUUGGUAUCUUAGUGAAGGCAUGGAUGACGAGGAAUUCCUGAAUGCUAGGGAGGAUUUAGCGGAACUUGAAUUAGAAUACAGUGACUGCGGCAUGGAUACAAUUGACGAGGGUACUAUUGUUGAAGAUGAAGACACGCGUCAUAAAAAAAUCACCACCCAAUCUCCUACUUGAAAAUUCAAUGUUGAAUAAAGAUUUUUUUGUUUAAAUUAUUUUAAAUUUCUAAAAUGAAAUAAAAAUAACGUUGUUAA